AUGUGUGAGACAAAUCGUAAACCAAAAAUAAUUGUUUUUGAUUUAGGUUAAAAAUUUUCUCUACUUUUCUCUUUUUUAUAAUUACUUUUUUUAAAGAAAUGUGUUACUACUAUUAUGUAUAGUAACUAUAGAAUAAAUAAAAUAACAAUUUCAGAUUAUACAUUAUGGCCAUUUUGGGUUGAUACUCAUGUUACUCCUCCUUUUAAAAAGUAAAUUGAAAAAUAUAAUUUUAACAAAAUAUAAUAUAAAUAUAUAAUUUUGUUAUUAUUGUUGAAAAUUUCUAUUGAAUUUAUUUAAGGAAAGCAAAUGACAUUAUAGAUUCUCAGGGCCAAAUUAUACAAUAUUAUAAAGAAGUACCUGAUAUUUUAAAACAUUUACAUGAAGAAGGAUAUGAACUUGGUGUUGCAUCUCGUACGUCAGAAAUACAAGGUGCUAAACAAUUAUUGAAUCUAUUUAAUUGGGACAAAUAUUUUAAAUAUAAAGAAAUUUAUCCAGGAUGUAAAGUAAAUCAUUUUUCUAAGAUUCAGAAAGCAUCUGGUAUUGACUAUAAAGAUAUGGUGUUUUUUGAUGAUGAACAUAGAAAUAUUGUUGAUGUAGGUAAACUUGGUGUUACUUGUGUAAUUGUUAAAAAUGGUGUGAAUCAUACACUUGUAGAAAGUGUUCUUAAAAAAUUUUAA